AUGAAGGAAACGGGCCCCGAGAGAAGCUUGGAAGUUGUUCCCAGACGAGCAUCCCGUGGCCCAGAAUUGGCAGGGUGGCGGCGGAGCGCGAAAAGCUGGCAGCGUGUUGCGGCCCACAAGCGUCGGGCGCACGAGUUGCUAGAUCGGGCCACCUGGCUUGGAGGCUUGCCAGCGUUGCGCCAGCCCCGACGAUCCAACGAGGCCGUCGGGGAGGCGAGUGCUCACAAGCAGCACUUCCAACUGGAUUCACGAGGAAUCGUCAAAGUGGAGCCGAGCUCGCCGAUGCAGCCAGUCCAUGCCAGCCAGGUGCAGCAUGAUUCUGGCUUGGCUCCCCUGCUCGUCCAGCUCUCGACCAGUGACAUGUGA